CCGUUGCAGCUGCAGGUUCUCGCCGACUCCCCUUCUCCUUCGACCUCCGCCGCUCGCCGCCGUUUCCCGUCCGCGGCGGCGCCUCCUCCCCUCCCACUCUUCCUCGUUGUCGAUCUCGUCUCGGGUACCAUGGCAAGAUCACUCUCCACCGCCCUCGUGAGGGGACUUAUGAGAUCGUCCCGUGCAUCGACAUCAGCUGCUGUGUCACGACCAGCUAUCCAGCAGUUUAUGAACUAUUCAUCAGGUCUUAGUGGCACUCCUAAUGCAAAUGGGGACUCAGUGACAACACGAGUAGCUGCUGAUCACGACACCCAUCAAGAUUUUCAGCCAACAAGUAAAAGUUCAGAUAUGUCUUUCAGUGACAUUGUUGCUCAGGAUGUGAAGGAGCACCCUGUUGUCAUCUAUAUGAAAGGUUAUCCUGAUGCUCCUAGGUGUGGUUUCAGUGCAUUAGCAGUGAAGGUCCUCCAGCAAUAUGGUGUCCCCAUCAGUGCUAGAGAUAUUCUUUCAGAUCUAAAGCUCAAAGAGAGUGUUAAAGCAUACAGUAACUGGCCUACGUUUCCACAAAUAUUUAUCAAAGGAGAGUUCGUUGGGGGAUCUGAUAUCAUACUCACCAUGCACCAGAAGGGUGAACUGAAGGAACUGCUUGGCGAUAUUGCACAAAAAGCCGAACAAAGUGGUUCUUCAUGAAACAAGCAUCAGUAUUUGUGAUGCAAACUUCCCGGACUGGAUGUUCCUUCUCAGAAGAUUUUAGGUGAUCUUGCAUUGUUGCCCUGUGGCUUCGGAUUUGAAUACGUUCUCUGUUUUGUUCUGUUCUGUUCUUGCCAGUUGUGAUGGAAGAUCCACUCAAGGCCGAAUUGCAGGAGUAACCAAAGUUAUAGUUCUCGAUAAAUAAAUGCCAAUGCUCGACACUAUUCUUUUAUGCAUCUAGCUGCCUGCCUUAGCUUAAGCUUGGGUGCUUUAAGUUGCUUUUAAACUGAACGGUGCUGUUGAAACAUGUAAUUAGUAUGUGACAUGCUUAUACGCUCUAUGUUUUGUUCUUUUUUGACAUCAACUCUGUUUGCAGUUCUACUCAAAUAGAUGUACUGCUUUGUUCCA